AUGGCUCUCGCUCGCUCUAAGACGGCGAACGUUGGCACAGCCGAAUGGCUGCAGACUGAGAGGCAGCAUGCCGAUGAUAAGAUCAGGGAGGAGGUGGAGGAGUUUGGCUAUGCCGUCAAGAACGAGCUGGAAUGGCUGAACGCGCACUUGGGCGAGGUGUUCAGCCAGAGUCAGGUAAACUUCACAGACAUCUUCAAGACGCCGGGGAAGUUACGCGGCAAGACUCCACGAACCCUACGCAAACAAAAUGCCUUGUCCGUGAGACAGCCGCUUACCGAUGUCUUCGCCGAGAAUGCCCCUGCCCCUGCAUCGGCGUACAAGACCACCUUCUUCGACAAAGUCGCCCAAUUCCAAAUCGCCGAGGAUGUUCCAGAUAAAGCACAAGCGACACGCCCGAGGAGUCGUGCAAACAGCCCGCAGCGCGCAGGACAGCCUGGCUACACCGACUCGGGAUACCACGGCAUGAUGACGGAGGAUGAGAUGGAGCUGGAUUACAGGACUGAUACCGCGACGCAGAAAGUGCCGCUGCGUGAGAACCAGCCACCGCCUCAGCGUCUGCCGGAUAUUAUUGCAGAGGCGCGAGACAGUGGCAGUGAGUCGUUUGCCUCUGCCAAAGAAGAUUUGACGGGGCGAAGUAUGUCCAAGGAGCCGACUGUGGAGGCGCCCGUGGUUGCGAACACUGCCACAGAAGAUACUGAAGAGAAGGCCGACGAAAAGAUGCUGGACGCACCCGCUGCCGAGCCAGUCGAUGUCGCCUCAGCGGACCAGCCACUCGAUGAAGAAUCAUCCCGAUCAGACGCAUCGAGUCCAGCUCGUCUGAUACAAAGAAAGAGCAGUUUCGUCUUUACAGCUCUACCCGCUCGUGAGCCGUUCACGGCGCAACGCAGCUUGGGAGUGCGUGACAGUCAAGUCGACAUGCAUACCAGCCGAGACAGUGCUCUAGCACGCCCUUCUGAGGCUAAAGUCAGUGCUGCCAAUGAUGACGAGGAUGCUUUUAUGCCAGAGCAGUCCGAGACAUCCAAGGCACAUAACAAGACCUCGACACAGCUCUUACACGAGCGCAUUACAAUGCUCGGCAAGACCAAGGAGCCUCGCGCAUCAAAGAGCAUUCCACAGAAUGUGCUCGCUGCGCAGCCUACGUACCCUCAGCUACCUACUGCGGAUCCCGUCAAGGCUGUCCACACCGAGGAUGACUCUGAUGACGACUGGAUCGCGCCCACUAAUCCUGCCCCACGCACUGCUCCUUCGAUGGAGACGGCAGCUAGGCAAGGAUCACCGGCGAGACCACCGAUGCAUCAAAAGGCAGCCUCGACAACACAGAUCCCAUCGCCCUCUAGGCAGGAGGAGCGACAACAAAAAGCCAUUUCCGUCUCUAAUCCGAGCACGUACUACGCUCCAGCCGAAAGUACUACUCCUGCUGGUUCGCCUCCGCGCAAGAAAAGCCACGACGGACCGCUCAGCGCAUCGAAGAACAAAUUCUACUCCGUGUUGAAGUCCGCAAAGAGCAUGUUUGCCUCGUCCACCAGCGCCAGCGCAGCAGCAAAGCUGGAAGCCCACAACAACUCUCCUUCACGCUCCCCCACGCGUGAUAUAUCCAACGACUCCAAGAUGGCAGCCGUGUUCAAUAUGCCUGGCGCGCUCUACUCGGAGAAGGAGCUGCCUCGGAGUCCUUCCAGGCCCAUCAGCAUGCUUUCUGCUAGUCCUAGUAAAAAGAGCAGAAAAUCGGACGAAAGUGAACGGAAGCGAGAGAAGGAGCUCAAGGCACAACAGAAGUCGGGUGAUGAUUUGGAGAAGGCGAGGGAAAAGGAGCGACAGAAGGCAGCGAAAGCUAGAGACGAAAAGGAUCGAGCUGAACAGCAACAAGCAGCACGCUCGGCGACAGCGGACACCGACUCAGCAAGGGACGUUGAUAUCGCGCCUCCGCCACCCCCCAAGAGCGGACCUACGACGGGCAAACUGAGGGCUCCUGUGAGACUCGGCAAGCCGAUCAGAGAGCAAACAGCCGCUGCUAAGCCCGCCCCGGUGUCUGUUCGCGUCCUCUCGCAAUCGCAAAGGCUCGGGCCGAAUCUGUCAAAGUCACAACAUGAGGCUUUCGCACCUCCUCCAGUGCCGCCGAAGCAGAAUGUCACCCGUCCUGGCUCCGCUCAAGGGAGUGUUAGGAGCUCUACUGCCCCUGCCAAUUCGCGAGUGCGGGCUCUGGAGGCGGCGGCGAGGAAGAAAGAAGCAGAUGAGAGGGCGGCUCAGGAAAAAGCGGAGAAGAAGCGAGAGCUGGAACGUAAACGCGCCGCCAAAGCGGAGGAGGACCGCAAGAUGGAGGAGGAGCGCAAAGCCGCGGAGCAACAGCGGGUCCAGGAAGCGAAGAUGGCGGCACAGAGACUGGCUGAGAAGCAAGCUGCGGACGCUAAGAAGCGUGAAGCGCAGCGAGCUGAACAGAUCCGACUGCAAGAGGAGGCUGCGCAAAGGGAGAAGGCCAGGGCUGCGCAUGAACUCGCGGAAGCCAUUAAGCGCGAACGUGCUCAGCAGGCACCGGCUCCUCCUCGUGGCGAUGUGGGAGGAACUUUGAGACAGCUGGCGAAGAAUACCAUUGUCGACUCGGCGCAAGGUCGACCACAGGUGCAGCCGAAUGCAGCCAAACCGGCGCCGAAGCGGGUCUGGCAGGGAGAGGAAGGUGAUGAGCCGCAGCGUCCGACGACGCAACCGCCGCAGAUCCAGAGACCUGGUCUGCCGAGGGCUCCACCGAGUUACCAACAACAUGAAGCAAAGAGGCGGCGGACGAACGAAGAGGAGCAGGAUGGCGUGGAGCGACACUCGGUCAUGGCGCCGCCAAAGAGAGCGUCGAAUAUGCGCAAGGAGUCGACGCUCUCCAAGUUCGCCCACGGCUACGCUCACGCUCCUCCUCCACCUACCCAUCUCGGCACAGCCAUGUUCAAAGCGGCCGUCACCAGCCAGCAUCCACCCCACCUUACCUCCUCCAAACCAGGAAUGCCCACCCAUCCUAGCCAGAUGGUCCAGAUCUCCAACGCGAGGAUCCCGUUCGCAGAGAACGCCAACCCUCCUGCCGCCGCCGCCGGAUCUCAACACCACCACGCCCCAAGCCAACACCCGCACCCCGGCAUGGAAAACAUGCACCCCUCCAACCAAGCCAAGCACAAAACCCCCGCCCGCCCACCCCACAUGGCCGCAGCAACAACAGGCAAAUCCGCCGCCAAAUCCUCCCCCCUCUACCCCAACGGCGAUGCAAUUCAACUCCCCGAAAUCGCCACCGACAGCGAAGAAGAGGACUCCGACGAAGAAGGCGACACAGGCGGGUUCCGCGCCCCGUCGUGGGUUGCAUCGCCUGCUCUUCGCGACUUGCUUACGCAGCAGCAGCUCGUGGACCCCGAGACGGUGUUUGGGCCUAUUGCGGAGCUGCGCAUGGAUGAGGUGUUUAAGAAUGCGAAGAACCCGGAUCGUUUGAAAAGGUUGCGCGAGAGGGGGAGUAGUGCAAGGUGGGUGGAGAGUGGGGAUGCGGUGACGAGUGCGGAGAAGAGAAGGGAUAUGGAGUUGAGAGAGAGGGUUGUGCGCGAGGGGGGGUGGAGGUAUGAGCCUAAUGUUUGA